CAAUGGCCGACAUUUCUCAACUUUAGUAUCAAAUUUCUUUUUUCAAUUUUUAUAAUAGCAAAAUGCCUAAAACAGAUGCAAGUCCGCUUUCAAUUGUUCAAAAACAAGCUGAAGUCACUAAAAAAGCAGUAGAAAAGUUAGUAAAAGAAUGUAAUAAAGUUAUAAAAGAUAAGAAAUUAAAAGAUAAAGAUGUCAAACAGAAACAGCUCUUUAAAGAAUGUUUUCAACUGAAGAAAGAUGUUUUAAGUGUACAUGAUAGAGCAGAAAAAUUAACAAAGGAAGAUGAACCGAAGAAAGUCAAAAAUUAUGACAACAAAAAAGAUUUUGAAGUUAAAAGAUUGGCCAAUUUACAGAAUCAGUUGACAAUGAUUAUGCCUAAAUUGGCUCCUGAAGAAGAUGAAGAAGCAUUUACCAAAGAAUUGAAAGAAGCAGGUGAAAUUUCUGAUACACCAGUUAAUGAAGAAGAAGAGGAAGAAGAAGAAAGUGAGGAGGAAGAUGAAGCAGAUAAUGCUGUGACGCAAGAAAAUCAAGGAGAAAUCAAGGAUAGUCCUAAGGACGAGAAAAAGGGGAAAGAUAAGGAAAAGAAAGGCAAAGAUAAGCAUAAGAAGGAUAAAGAUAAGAAAGGAAAAGACAAAGAUAAGAAGAAAAAAGAUAAGGAUGACAAAGAGGAAGAUGAAGAUGAAGAUGAUGAGGAAGCAGAUGAUAAAGAUGCCAAGGCAAAGGAUAAGAAAAAUAAGGAUAAGAAAGAUGGAAAAAGCAAGGACAAAAAAGAAAAAGACAAAAAGGAUAAGAAGAAGAAAAAUGAAGUUGAUGAAGAGGAAGAAGAUGAUGAAGAAGAUAAAAAGAAGAGCAAGGAUAAGAAAAAAGAUAAAGAUAAGAAAGAAAAGGACAAGGUUGAAAAGAAAAAUAAGAAAGAGAAAGUUGAGGCACCCAGACAAGAAGUGAAAGAUUUGGAAGAAGAAUCAGAUGAAGAAGAAGAAGAUGAAGAAGAAGAAGAUGAGGAUAUUGAGGAGGCCAUUGAGGGAGAUGAUGAAGAAGACUUUGAAGAAACAGAAGAUGAAGAAGAAGAUCAUGCUGUUGUUAAAAGUGUUAGAAAACAGGAUGCAAAACAAGUGCAAGCCAAAACAAGCCCCAAAGAUGAAACUGAUUACGUGGAAACAAUGGAAUAUGUAGAUGAAGAAUCUGAAGAGGAAGAAGAUUCAGAUGAUGAUGAUGUUGAAGAUAUGAUACAACCAGAAAAGGCUAAGGUUAUAGCCAGCACUCCCAAACCAGCCAGUCGAACAUUGACUCCCAAGUCUGAAUCUUCUAAGACUGCCAGCAGUACCACAGUACUUCCAAGUAGUUCUUCUGAGAAUAAAACAGAAUCCUCGAACAUAGUCAGCAGUGCGUCACAAUCUAAGACACCACAGCCUGCUAGUCGUUCAUCCACAUCAAAGGCAUCAUCAUCUUCCUCUAAAGAAGUUUCUAAGAUAGAGUCCAAGAAGGAUGAAGCUGAUCAUGAGGAUGACGAAGAAGAUGAAGAUGAAUCUGAAGAAGAAGAGGAGGAAGAAGAAGAAGGUGAAGUAGAGGAAGAAUCUGAAGAAGAAGAUGAUGAAGAUGAAGAAGAAGAAGAAUCUGAUGAAGAAGACACUACAAAAGCUGAAGAUACUUUGGAGGUCACCCAAGGAAUUGAGAGGUUUGUUGCUAUUGAUGAUUUUGAAGCUGUAGAAAAAGGAGAUUUGUCUGUUAAAAAAGAUGAAGUUAUACGAAUUAUUGAAGUGAGGGAAGAUGGAUGGUGGAUUGCUGAAAAUGAUGCAGGAAAACAAGGAUUGGUACCUAAAACAUAUUUAAAGGUAUAUAAUCAGUAUUCAUCUCUUCAACAACAUGAUGAAGAAGAAAAGAAAGAACAUUCUGAAGAGGAGGGAGAAGAGAAACAAGAUGGAGAAAAAACACCUCACAGUAAACGUAGAAGUGGUAGAGAGUUGUGGGGAAGUCUUAAGAAAACAGUAAAUGAGACAUUAGUAACUGAUGUAUUACAUGCUAUGGGAGCUGGUCCACCAGGUUUUAGAUUACCAACAUUAUCAAAGUACUUUAAUGAGAGUGAAAAAUUUCGAAUGAAGAAUUUCUUAUCACCUAAACUAAGUGAAUCAAAUUUGGGUUAUAGAGAUCUACUUUUUAAUCCUGCGACUGGAGAGAUGAGAGCAGUAGAAGUGAGGUUAGAAAGAGUAAUAACAAUAACAUCAUGUCAGCAAAUACCACCUCCAGCCACAGGCAUCAUAGUACAGAGAAGAUAUGUAAGAAUGUGUUUAUUUGAUGGUCAAAAUGUAUUGAGUAAUAUCCAUACUAUCAGAGUUGCAGCAGAAGACAAAACAGAAAGAAAUUGGUCUUUUAAUUCAAAGAUUUCAGAUCUUAUGGAUGUACAGUUACAUAAUGAGUUUUUUAUCAGAAGUAACAGUACUAAUAGUAAUAUCGGAGUUUUAUUUGAAUUAUGUAUUUCUUGUGUGAAAAGUAAAAGUGAAGAAAGAGGUGAAUUUAGUUGUGGCUGGGUUCAUUUACCACUCACUGAUAAAACUGGUGUUCCUAUAGCAAACAAGAACUAUGAUCUGUAUGUACAUGGUGGAACUCCUUAUGAGAGAGAUGUUGAGGUUGACCCUAGUGUUAGCAGAAGAGAAUUUAUAAAAUUUAAUUUAUUAAAUAAAGGUUCUAGAAGAUAUUCUAGUAGUAAUGCUCUGGUAUCACUGAUAUCUGGAAACAAGCAACCAAGAUUGUUAGUCAAAGUUAGUGUACCAAAUAAAGAACAGAAAACUCAAUUGGAUUUACUGCCAGAAAUAUUAGUAGGGGAUAUGUGUUUAUUACCGUUCUACACCUAUUAUAGACAAAUAUUAGCAGACGCAUUAAUUAUUAAACGUCUUGAUUUAGAUUCAACAGAGGUUAUCCACAGUCCAUUUUUACGUCAAUUUCCUAAGGUAGCUGACAAUCCUGAUUUGAUGAGUUUAUUCAGAGAAACAUGGGUCAAUAAAUUAAAGGCAGUAAAAAGAGCCGAAAAGAGAGAUGUAGAAGCUAUGAAAGGUUUAUUAGAUAAAGUCUUCAAAGAAUCGGUCUACCCUGUUAUUACCACUGGUAAUUUUGUACCAUAUAAAACUGGUAAUACUGAAAUUGAAAUGAAACGUAAGAAUGUUAUUGAGAAAUUCAGCCAGAUUAAGAGAGAAAGAAAGAGUGCUCUAGCAGCUUUACUAGCAUCAGAUAUUGUUUACACACCAUUUGAUAUGUCAGAAGUUACAUUUAAUAUUAUCAAUCCUUAUAGCCUUGCUGAUAAAUUCAUACCAAUUCCAGUAGAGAGUUGAAAUGAUAAGAAAUUUUAGAAUAUUAUUUGAAAUAAUCUUUAAUACUCUUGCGAUCCUGUAGUACAUAUUUUGAAUGAGGUAGAAAUUACAUAGGAAUUCCUUAUUAGUGCCAAGGAAGAGCGAGCUUUUAACUUGGAACAUGAUAAAAUGUGACAAUAUAUGUUUACGUACUGGUAUAUAUUUGUGGUAAAUACAUAUUAUUGUUGGUAUGAUAGCAAAUAAUCGAUUCAUCUGAAUCUAGUAUCCCGGAGAAGGGCACAAGGGCCCCUCCCCCCCUUCAAGAAUUUUUUAAAUUAACAGCUGUUAAUGUGUAAAUGCUGUUUUCAUGUUAUUAUAUCUGUUUCCUCUUGGCUAUCAGUGACUUCAUUAUUCUAUCAAUUCACAUUUAAAAUGUAACAAGUCUAAAAAUUAAAAUGAGAAAAAAAAAAAAAUGGCACAAAAAAUUAUUUCAGCCAUUUUUCUUUUUAAGUGCUCCUUGUUCCGUCCUUAUAACAAGUGAUAUUAUAUGUUAUCAAUUUAUUUAUUGUAUAUAUUAUCAUCUUUUAAUUUAUAGUUUUAAUAAAAUUAUUAAAUGUU